AUGUUCGUCAGUCAAUUAUAUGCUGUUCUCAUUCGGCGCGUGAAGGUGCAACGUGAGUCAGUACGAGCCUCGUUCCCAUCCAGCGUCGCACAGAGAAGGCGUGGCAUGAAUCGAUUAGUAUGGUGUGGCUUGGGAGCCAACGGAGGGCUGUCUGUCAUUCAAAAGGGCCCCUGCACCGAAAAGCUGGCGCCGACGAUCAUGACACCGACAGAAGCCACAGUAUUCAUAACCGUUUGGGUAGGGAUGAGAGUUGGUGGUGGCUGGACAAACGGUGAUUGA